AUGGCACCAGUCGCAACCGAGGCUAAAUCCACUACUCCUGCUCACCCAGUCGUGAAGCCAGCGCCGGUUCAGCCGGUUUACCCCGAGGCUGACAAUGCAACCUUCCACAAGCCACCGGCAAAUACGCUCCGCCGGUACGAGAAAGCCGGAAUUGACAUCUCUCAGGGCUACCCUUACCUUCCGAACAAACCAGAGUUUGUUCAGGAUGUCGAGAAGCUGCAGACUAACCUGCGCGAUUAUGUUGACCCGGGAACUCGCGCUGACCCAGAGAAGAAGGCUCUGUUUGGGGCUGCCAAGGAGGUUCGCGAUUUGUCGAUCCACAUUGGGACGGAGAUUGUUGGCCUGCAGUUAGCUGAGCUGACUGACCAGCAAAAGGACGAGCUUGCGUUGCUCGUUGCUGAGCGCUCUGUUGUCUUUUUCCGCGACCAGGACCUCCCUCCUCAGGUACAACGAGAACUAGGCGUCUAUCUGGGCGACGGCGAGAUUGAAAUCCACCCUCAAGUCCCCCAAGUGCCUACCCAACCAGGCAUCACACUCAUCUGGGAGACCGCUCGAGAAAUUAAUACGCCAGGGAAGAAGACUGUUCGUGGCUUCCGCAACGCAUAUCCUUCAGGAAAUUAUGGCUGGCACACUGACCUUGUCCACCUAGCUUUCCCGCCUGGCUACACGCAUCUUCACCAGGACACCGUCCCAGCUGUUGGAGGCGAUACUCUCUGGGCGUCAGGCUACGCGGCAUACGACAAGUUCUCGCCUGCUUUCCGGAAGGUUAUUGACGGCUUGAACGGAAUAUACCGCUCUGCCCAUCCCUAUAGAGAUGCUAAUGACCCAACUGCGGCGCCUCGUCAUGUCAAUAUCAUCCACCCGCUCGUGCGGACCCAUCCUGUAACUGGCUUCAAGACAGUCUUUGCCAACCGUUCGAUGACUGUGGGCAUUGAGGGCUUCGACAAAGCGGAGAGCGAUGCUAUCCUCAACCACAUUCACGAUGUAUUUGAGCGGUCCACGGACAUUCAAAUUCGCUGGCAUUGGACACCAGGUACCUCUGCCAUUUGGGACAACCGCACGACAAUUCAUACUGUGUCGUACGACUAUGAGGGCAAGGUCGAGCGUCAUGGAACUCGCGUUAGCUCACUUGCGGAGAAGCCGUUCUACAACGCUAGCUCCAAGUCGCGCCGGGAAGCAUUAGCACAAAUGGCUCGAUGUCGAGAACUUGAAUUCAACGUCGGCGACGAAAAUCCUUGUGACGUGUGUGACCGUGACGAUCUGAGCAACAUGGACUUUGGUCCAACCACCAUCCCCAACACCCGCGACCGGCCAAUCAAAUCAGUUCCGCAACCUGCUGUACAUCGCCUCUCUGACGCGGAGUUCUUUGCGACCGAUGAAUUUGGCGCUCCCAAACCCAACGCGCGUUUAUUACGCGAUCACUUUUUCCGUGAGGGGAGACUGUCAGAAGAGCAUGCACUCUACAUUGUCGAGCAAGUCACGGCCCUCCUCAGUCAAGAACCGAACAUGGUCGAGGUCCAAGGUCCGGUGACCAUCUGUGGUGAUAUUCAUGGUCAAUACUACGACCUGAUGAAACUUUUCGAUGUUGGAGGCCCGCUCACUGACAACUCGUACUUGUUUUUGGGCGAUUAUGUUGACCGUGGGUGCUUCGGUAUCGAGUGCCUGCUAUAUCUCUACACACUUAAGCUGUGGUUCCCCCAAAAGUUCACGCUCCUUCGCGGAAAUCAUGAAUGUCGACAUUUGACGGAAUACUUCACGUUCAAGCGUGAAUGUCUCCACAAAUACUCACUAAGACGCUUCCAAUCGCUGCGCUUGUUGAUGGGCGCUUCCUUUUGCGUUCAUGGUGGCUUGUCUCCACAACUCAUCCACCUAUCCGACAUCGCCAAUCUCAAUCGAUUUACGGAGCCUGGAUCGACAGGACUACUCUGCGACUUGCUAUGGAGUGAUCCAAUUGUCAGCUUUGGGCACGAAGAUGACAGUGGAGUGCCGACUGGGACGACGUUUCUCCACAAUAUCACUCGAGGGUGUUCGUAUAAUUAUACGUACGAGGCAGCUUGCCAAUUUCUUGAGCGAAAUGGGCUGCUGGGUAUCAUCCGUGGCCAUGAAGCACAGGAUGCAGGCUAUACAAUGCAUCGUAAGACCCCCACAAAGAAAUUCCCCUCAGUGAUCACGAUAUUCUCUGCCCCCAACUACCUGGACGUCUAUCACAAUCGCGCUGCCAUUCUCAAGUAUGCCAACAAGAACAUCACGAUACGACAAUAUAAUGCCUCACCCCAUCCAUAUUGGCUGCCGAACUUCCAGAACGCCUUCACGUGGAGUUUGCCCUUUGUUGGAACUAAGAUCACCGAAAUGCUGCUCGCCAUAUUAUCGAUUUGCUCAGAAGAGGAACUUGAGGAGAGUGACUCUGAGGAAGAGAAAGCUGACGUUGACGGAGACGUCGAAAUGAGAAAUGCACGAACUUUGGGUCUGAGCACGCCAGCCGAAGUCGCACAAAGGCGGCAAGACAUCAAGAGCAAGAUUAUCGCUGUCGGCCGAAUGCAGCGAGUGUUCCAGCUGCUGCGAGAAGAAGCCGAAUCCGCCUCAGAACUUGUUGAUGCUGAGGCCGGUGAAGCAAGUCCCGGUCUUGGCGUAUCAGCCCUUGGAGUCCAACGACAAGUACGGCAAAACAUUCACAAUUUCGAGGAUGCCCGUCGCUCUGAUAUACUUAACGAGCGUCUUCCUUCUCUGCCCCCAUCGCCGUCGCCGUCGCCAUCACCCAUAUCACCCAUUCCCGUUCCCUCGCCGCUUGUACCUUCUAUGAGGAUUCCGGGUCGAGGGCCUUCCGAGGGCCUUAAUAUGGAGUUCCUCAUUCGGCAAACACUCGAAGACUCCUUCGCAGGAGAAGAUGUCGAGCGGCUGGCUGACCGAAUUGCAUUCCGCGGAGGAAGGACACGACCUGGUGGACUGAAACGACACGACACGGUAUAG